UUUUCUUUCGAUUACUUGAGAGAUCAUGACGAAAAAAUACCAAGGAUGUGCUGUGGGAAUAGAUCUUGGAACAACGUAUUCAUGUGUUGCUGUGUGGCAAGAUGAACACAAUAGGGUUGAGAUUAUUCACAAUGAUCAAGGCAACAAAACAACUCCUUCUUUUGUUGCUUUCACCGAUGAUGAAAGGUUGAUUGGCGAUGCUGCUAAAAAUCAAACGGCCAACAACCCCCAAAAUACCGUCUUUGAUGCUAAGAGGUUAAUUGGUAGGAAGUUUAGUGACUCUGUUGUUCAAGAUGAUAUAAAGUUGUGGCCAUUCAAGGUCAUUUCCGGAACGAACGACAAACCCAUGAUUUCUGUUAAGUACAAGGGACAGGAGAAGCACCUAUGUGCCGAAGAAAUCUCAUCUAUGGUUCUAACAAAGAUGCGUGAGAUUGCAGAGGCCUUUUUGGAAUUUCCUGUCAAGAAUGCAGUUAUUACUGUGCCUGCUUAUUUCAAUGAUUAUCAGCGGAAAGCCACCAUAGAUGCAGGUACCAUUGCUGGUCUAAAUGUUCUAAGGAUAGUCAAUGAACCCACUGCUGCUGCUAUUGCAUAUGGAUUGGACAAAAGAACUAACUGCAUGGGAGAACGAAAUAUUUUCAUCUUUGACCUGGGUGGUGGGACUUUUGAUGUGUCUCUCCUUAGAAUAAAGGAUAGGGUCUCCCAUUUAUUCAAAAUUAAAAAGGAUAAGGUCUUCCAAGUGAAGGCCACCGCUGGAAACACUCACCUCGGGGGAGAGGACUUUGAUAGUAGGAUGGUGAACUACUUCGCAGAGGAGUUUAAGAAGAAGAACAAGGUGGACAUUACUGGAAACUCAAGAGCCUUAAGGAGGUUGAGAACAGCGUGCAAGAGAGCAAAAAGGACACUAUCUUUUGCUGUUGUCGCCACCAUUGAGGUAGAUUCUUUAUUUGAAGGCAUUGAUUUCUUUUCAUCAAUUACUCGUGCUAAGUUUGAGGAAAUCAAUAUGGAUCUUUUCAAUGAGUGUUUGAAAACUGUUGAGAGGUGUCUCACUGAUGCCAAUAUGGACAAGAGGGCUGUACACGAUGUUGUUCUUGUUGGAGGCUCCUCUAGAAUUCCAAAAGUACAACAACUACUGCAGGAAUUUUUUGGAGGGAAGGAAUUGUGUAAGAGCAUUAACCCUGAUGAGGCUGUUGCUUAUGGUGCAGCUGUGCAGGCUGCUUUGUUGAGUGAAGGCUUUAAAAAAGUUCCGAAGUUGGUGCUGCAAGAUGUUACACCUUUGUCUCUUGGUAUCCAAGUGAUAGGUGAUAUCAUGAGUGUGAUAAUUCCUAGGAACACUAGCAUUCCUACCAAGAUAACAAAAGGUUUUAUAACAGAUUACGAUAACCAAGUUUGUGUUGGUAUUUAUGUUUAUGAGGGUGAGAGAGCAAAAGCAAGUGACAACAAUCUGCUUGGUUCUUUUGAUCUUAAUGGCCUCCCAAUUGCUCCCCGCGGCCACCCUGUAAAGGUUUGCUUUACUAUCAAUGAAAAUGGUAUCUUAGUUGUUUCUGCUUAUGAAAAAUCCACUGGUAUUAUGAAGGAGAUUGCAAUAACUAAUAGCAAAGAAAGAUUAUCUUCUCAAGAAAUUAAAGAAAUGAUUAGGGAAGCUGAAGAUUACCGUUUUAAAGAUGAAAAAUUUCUAAGGAAGGCCAAUGUCAUGAAUGCAUUAGAUGACUGCGUUUACAAGUUGAGGAAUGCUCUAAAGAAUAAGGAUAUUAGAUUACAGCUGUCUUCUAAAAAAAUUGACAAGAUCAACUCUGAAAUUACGAAGGCAACAAAUUUCCAUGAUACUAACCAGAAGAGUGAAAUACAUGUUCUUGAAAAUCAUCUGAAGGAGCUCAAGAGUAUAUUGCAACACAUUAUAAGUAAAUAUGUCUAGUUUUUAGUUCUUUUUAACUGGUUUUUAAUCUUGGUGUAGCAGAAACCAUGAUUAGAUACUUCUUUUUUCAUUUCAUUUAGUUUGGUAGUUUUUUUCAUUAUAUGAAGCCAACUUCUCCUGAAAGGCUUCCACUUUAGUCUUCUUCAAGAUUCUCUCUACCUUUUUGAUAAUUAAAAGCCUUCUAAUAUUUUUAUCUAUUAA